AUGCGUCAAGUUUUCGUGGACACAGGAUACGGGAGCAAGCUAUCAGAUAUGCUCAAAGCCGAGGAUUCGGAAGAUGAGAUGGUAGCAAGCCGCAUCCUAUUCUACACUACUUACGACACCACAAUGGACUUUGGAGACUUGAUCAAGAGCUAUCAGCUGGCGGAUAAUGUUGCCUAUCAACUGGGCCGCCACGCGAAACAGUUCCCGAAAACGGGACGGAAGCCAUUAUCACAAAUGGACGAAUUGGCACUGACCGACACCCUCAAGCUGAUAUAUAAUGUUUCGAAGAUUUACCCAGAUCUCGCCGUCUCUUUCUCGUCCUCGAUUCCCCAUAUUUUCAAGAUUGUUAGCCGCAUUGAUAUCCCUGAUAAACCACUGGAGGGUAUUCUUGGGGCUUUACUCAAUGCAUUGUCCAUUCUCGAUCUGGACGGAAAGCAGAGCAAAGUCGUUGAAAUCAGCCCACUGUUCCCUGACUUUGAUCCGAAUUGCAAUGUGGCCAAGCUAGUCAGUAUCUUGGACCAAUCUGUGUCUCGAUACAGCUCAGAAGAGCUGGACGCGAAGGCAAUUCCUUUGCUGUACACAUUGAUCACCGUCUACGAUGUAGCACCGGAGGGUCCUCAAAAGCUCAUGCAAGAGCUUCUUUUGCCCGAGAGUGGCGAUCGCAGCUUGCCCAUCGGUCAAUCCGACACUCUACCCUCGAAGCUUCUCAAGCUCUCAACCAGUCACUUCGCCAAUCUCAAGGUCGCAAUUUCCGAACUAAUGUUCGUUCUUUCUGGCAAGGAUGCCGAGGCUCUCACCAAGAACAUCGGUUAUGGCUUUGCUGCUGGGUUCCUAGCGGCUCGCGGCAUUGAAAUGCCCCAGAGUGCUAGCGAGACAUACCCAGCCACUGCAAGCCCUGAGUCUCUGGUCAAUCCAAUCACCGGACAAAGGCUGACCGCCGAGCCGAGUGAUAAUCUCCCUCCAAUGACACAGGAAGAGAAGGAGCGUGAGGCAGAGAGACUCUUCGUCUUGUUUGAGAGGGCGAAAGCGAAUGGAAUGCUCAACGUCGAGAAUCCCGUCACGCAAGCUCUACACGAAGGAAGGUUUGAAGAGCUGCAAGACGAUGCGGAUAGCGACUGA